AUGGCGGACGGAGCGGGCGACGGGCCCACGCAAUACGUCAGCACGCUGAGGGGACCAGCAGAUUUCGCGCUUGAAACGCAGAAUACUGCUUUCGACCCCGAUUGGAUGAUCGAUAAGACCAAACGGCCUGGAGUUGUGAACUACUCGAAGCCCGAUUCGGAUUCCUUUACGGAUGAAGACAGUUGGAAGGUCAUAGGGUCGUUUUUCAACACCCAUGGGCUCGUCCACCAACAAAUCGAGAGCUUCAACGACUUCGUCACUUAUCGCAUGCAAGAAAUGAUAGAUCAGCAUCCGCCGAUCGAAAUUACGCCGCAGCCACGGUACCACCCUGCGGACGAACGAGAGAACAACAUCGUAUACAAACUCAAGUUCGGGCAGCUUUCGCUCAACAAGCCCUGCGUCGAGGAGAAGGAUGGUGUGCUGAAACACAUCUGGCCACAGGAGGCUAGGCUCAGGAACCUGACCUACGCGUCGCAGAUUUACGUUGAUAUUGAGCAGGAAACGUAUCUUGUCGACGAGAACACCAGAGAAGAAGUGUUGCAGGAGAAACUCACAUAUCCCAGAAUAGGACUGGGUAGGAUACCGAUGAUGCUGAAGUCCGCGUACUGCUGGACAAAGAGCAUCAGCGAGGACGACCUCGCGGACGUUGGGGAAUGCCCUUUUGACGAGGGGGGAUACUUCAUCGUCAAUGGUGGUGAAAGGGUGCUCAUUGGCCAGGAGAGGAUGGCGAAUAACUACAUCUACGUGUUCAAAAAGAAGCAGCCGUCGAAAUACAGUCUGGUUGCCGAGGUCAGGUCACAGCCCGAGUUCUCGCAGGGAACGACACCGUUCAGCAUCAUGAUGAAAUCCACGCUGGGAAUUGCUGGCAGCCGAUUUAAGUCGCACGGGCAGCUGGUGGCGUCACUGCCGUACCUCAAGGCUGACAUACCGAUCGCAAUCCUGUUCAGGGCGCUUGGUUGCGUAGCCGACAGGGACAUUCUGCAGAGGAUAGUCUACGAUUUCGAGGACAAACAGAUGCUGACGCUCAUGAGGCCAUCGCUUGAGGAAUCUGCCGACUACGCAACUCAGGAGAUGUGCCUCGACUUUAUCGGAAAGCGUGGACCCACCGUGGGUGCCCCGCUUGAAGCUAGGCUACAGUAUGCCAGGGACCUGCUUAGGCAGCACCUCCUACCGCACGUGGGCACCGAAGCUGGUUGCGAGAGCAAAAAGUGCUACUUCCUGGGCUACAUGGUACAUCGCAUAUUACUCUCCAGGUUGGGGAGGGUCAUCGAGGAUGACAGGGACCACUUCGGAAAGAAGCGGCUCGAUCUCGCGGGCGCACUUAUGGCGUCGAGUUUCGGCACGCUGUUCAGAAAGAUGGUCAAGGACACCAAACGCAUACUACAACAACAAAUCGAUUGUGGCAGGGAAUUCGAUGUGGCCGGAGCAGUCAGGAGCGCAACCCAAAUCACACAGGGGCUGCAGUACCAGCUGCUUACGGGUAAUUGGGGAAGGGACAGAGAAGGCAAGGUGGUGAGGACCGGUGUGAGCCAGGUGCUCAACCGGCUCACUUUCGCGUCUUACCUCUCCCAUCUACGUAGGCUGAACACGCCACUCGGCAGAGAAGGCAAGGUGGCGAAACCCAGACAGCUGCACAACACGCAUUGGGGCAUGAUCUGCCCUGCCGAAACUCCGGAAGGCCAGGCUGUCGGCCUGGUGAAAAACCUCGCGCUCAUGUGCUUCAUCAGUGUUGGGUCGGCUGCCUCCACCAUCAACGAGUUCCUUUGUGAGUGGGGUAUGGAUUCGCUCGACGAAGUACCGCCAGAAGUCAUCAAGGACAGAAUCAAAGUGUUCAUUAACGGUACCUGGGUGGGCUGCUUCGACGAGGCGGACAGCCUGGUCAAGACCCUUCUAGAGCUCAGGAGGAGGGGUGAUAUUGCAGCGGAGACCAGCAUUGUCUGCGACAUCGUCUCCCAGGAGGUCAAAAUUUUCACCGAUGCGGGAAGGGCAAUGAGGCCCCUCCUUAUCGUAGAAAACGGAAACACUCUUGCCAUCACCAAAGAACAUAUCGCAAGGCUCGACAACAAUGACUGUACUUGGGACGGGCUCAUCGAGUCCGGCGUUAUCGAAUACGUGGACUGCGAAGAAGAGGAAAUGUGUAUGAUUUCCAUGUUUGCCGAGGACCUUAAAACAAACAGUACCUAUUGCAGUACCUACACGCACUGCGAAAUCCACCCGUCCAUGAUCCUCGGUGUUUGCGCAUCAAUUAUCCCUUUCCCGGAUCAAAACCAAUCGCCGAGGAACACAUACCAAAGCGCUAUGGGAAAACAAGCCAUGGGUGUCUAUGCCACCAACUUCAACCUGAGGAUGGACCCUCUCUGCCACCUGCUGUACUACCCGCAAAAACCACUCGUGUGUACUCGAGCCAUGGAGUUCCUCAGGUUCAGAGAAUUACCCGCUGGAAUCAACGCUAUUGUGGCUAUCAUGUGCUACACCGGAUACAACCAGGAAGAUAGUCUUAUCAUGAACCAAUCCUCCAUUGACCGUGGGCUCUUCAGAAGCGCGUUCAACAGGACCUACAUGAGCGAAGAAAAAUAUGUAGGAAGCACUAUCGUCGAAAGGUUCGAACGGCCAAACCCGGCAAACUGCAUUGGGCUGAAAAGAGGCGAUUACACCAAACUCGAUGCUGACGGGCUCGUGGAACCGGGUAGCAGGGUGCUGGGUGACGACGUUAUCAUCGGAAGGACGUCGCCAUGUACGGACGAUGAAGACGAAAACCUUAGACAGGAUUGCUCGUGUUGUCUAAGAACGAGCGAAAAUGGUGUUGUGGAUACCGUGUUGCUUUCCACAAAUUCAAAGGGCUCUAAAUUCGCCAAAGUGAAGGUGCGAUCCAUCAGGGUUCCACAGAUCGGUGACAAGUUCGCUAGUAGGCACGGGCAAAAGGGAACCAUCGGAAUGACUUACAGGGCAGAGGACCUGCCGUUUACAUGUGAGGGAAUAGUGCCAGACAUCAUCAUGAACCCGCAUGCCGUGCCCAGCCGUAUGACAAUUGGGCACCUGGUGGAAUGCCUUGUAGGCAAGGUUGGUGCCUGCUGUGGUAUGGAGGGCGAUGCCACGCCAUUUUCCAAGCUCACAGUGCAACACGUGGCGGAGAGACUGUUCGAGUGCGGGUACGGUAAGCACGGCAACGAGGCGCUGCACUGCGGGUUCACUGGCGAGAUGAUAACUAGCAAAAUCUUCAUAGGGCCCACCUACUACCAAAGACUCAAGCACAUGGUGGAGGACAAAAUCCACGCAAGGGCUAGGGGACCGGUCACAAUGCUCACCAGACAGCCCACAGAGGGAAGGUCGAGGGACGGAGGUCUGAGGUUCGGAGAAAUGGAACGUGAUUGUAUGAUUUCACACGGCGCUGCUAAGAUGUUGAAGGAGCGCCUGUUCGAUCAGAGUGACGCUUUCAGGAUGCACGUAUGUGAUAGGUGUGGCCUGUGCUGCAUCGCGGACCUCAACAGGAGCAACUUCGAGUGCACCGCGUGCGACAAUAAGACACAGAUAUCGCAGGUCACAAUUCCCUAUGCCUGCAAGCUACUAAUUCAGGAACUAAUGGCCAUGGCCAUCUACCCGAAGCUUGUGCUGACGCCGGCGUAG